AUGGCGACGUUCUCACCCUCCAUACCCCUUUCCCCCCCCGCGCGAAGGUUCACCACUCUCCGUCGCAUCACUACCUCCAGACGAUCCCUCCUCAGUUCCUUCACAACAACUCCCAGGAUAUCCGCCGCUUGCUUCUUCUCCUCCCCCUCCCGCACCUUCUCCAAAGGCGGCGCCCCCCUAGCGCACAACAACGAGCCAGUCCCGACCUCCUCCCCGACUACCGACUUCUCCAGCCUUGACGUGCUAGGCAACACCCCCGUCCCGUCCACCUCCAUCGACGUCUGCCACCACGACGGCUUCUCCCUCAACUCUGGGGUGCAAAUCACCAACGGCAGCGGGGCCUUGCUCAUAGGCGGGGAGGCGUUUGAGUGGAAACCAUGGCUUACCAAAGACGGGAAAGGAACAAGAAAAAAGAUGAUCAACAGCAAGUGGCAGUGGGAGAUUGACCCCGAGAGUUUGGGGGUGUUGAGUGUUGUUUGGCCUAGGCCUGAUCUCCUGAUCCUAGGAGUGGGUAAAUACAACAGGCCCAUCAGCCCAAAGACGCGACAGGCGAUCAGCGAGAUGGGCAUGAGGGUCGAGGUGUUAGACACGAGAAACGCGGCGAGCCAGUACAACCUUUUGGCGACGGAGAGGGGGGUGGGGGAUGUGGCUGCCGCGUUGGUGCCGAUUGGGUUUGAGGAGUGA